AUGACAUAUAGGGAGUUGUACCAGAACCUGUUCAACGUUCAUGUAGUAUCCCCUUUCUACCUAGAGCCACUGCAGCCCCCGUAUCCCAAAUGGUAUGACACAAACGCCCAAUUUGAAUACCAUGCGGGAAUUACCGGGCACUCAAUCGAGAAUUGUACUGCAUUCAAGAAAGUAGUUGAAAGACUCAUUAAGGUGGGGAUUGUGAGAUUUGACGACCUAGCCAAGCCCAAUGUAGCAAGAAACCCACUCCCCAAUCAUACCGACCAAGGAGUGAAUGGGAUAAGUGAAGGCUUGAAUAAGAAGACCAAGUAUGAGGUGGCAGAAGUCAGGACCCCGUUGAGGCGGGUGGGGCAUGAAAUCCAAGAUUGCGUAGAGUUUAGAGCCCUAGUACAAAACAUGAUGAACAAUAAAGAAAUUGAAUUCUAUGAAGAGACCGAAAACCCUGUAGAGGGAGAUAUAUGUGCAUCGGGGGGAGAAUCGACGGCACAAAAUCGAACGCCUAACUAUCCCGUGGUAAUCAUUUCGAGACCCAAAAAUAAUGAAGCCAGAGUACAAAUGCCACCGAGAGUCAUAAUCCAAAGACCUGCAGUUUUCCCUUACAAAAACAGCAAAAAGGUCCCAUGGAAUUAUGAUUGCAGUGUAAUGAUGCCGGGAAAGGAGAGCCCGGUUGACGCUUCAAGAGGGGACCAAGGCAAGGGUUUCUAUACACGUAGCGGGAGGCGUUACGAUAUGGCAAAUGAGGAGGUGCAGCCCACAAAAGGAAAAGCCCAGGUGGUUGAGGAAAUGAAGGGAAAAGCAACCAAACCUAUUAAUGAGCCAGUUAAUGAAGAGGAGGCCAAGGAGUUUUUAAAAUUCCUAAAGCAUAGCGAAUACAGCAUGGUGGAACAGCUACGUAAACAACCAGCCCGUAUUUCGGUGUUGGCCUUACUUCUAAGCUCGAAAGUUCAUCGUAGCGCGCUAAUGAAGGUCUUAAAUGAGACAUACGUUGCCAAUGACAUCUCCGUUAACAAGCUGGACCAUUUGGUAAACAACAUAAGUGCCGACAAUUAUAUCUUCUUUAAUGACAACGAGAUACCACCCGGGGGCAUGGGGUCGACUAAAGCUCUGCAUAUCACCACGCGCUGUAAAGGGUACACGCUGCCAAGCGUACUGAUUGACAAUGGGUCAGCUUUGAACGUCCUACCUUUGACCACGCUGAAUAGAUUACCUAUAGACAGCUCUCACAUGAAGGAGUGCCAGAACAUCGUAAAAGCAUUUGAUGGCAUGGAGAGAAAGUUGAUGGGCAGAAUUGAGAAAUUGAAGCUAGUAUCGGAAGGGAGAUUGAUAACGAUCAAGGCUGAGGAGGAUAUUAUUGCAACUGUGAGCAAUAAUGCACCCUAUUUGGAGAUAGAUGAUGAACAAAAUUUCGGUGCCAAAAUUGUCCAAAACCACGAGGAUGAGCCUCCAGCUGACGAUCGGAAGAGGGGCCCUACUCGGAAGGGGACUUGGGAGACAUCUGCAAGGAAGGGUUGA